CGAAUGGUUCCAUUUUGGAACGAUAAAGGAAAACCUGAGGAUGGCCUAACCAAAUAGGCUGAAAACGUUUGAAUAAGGAGAAAAAACUCGGCAAGUAGAAUUCAGAUAUUGUGCUCGUAAUACAGCUGGAUAAACAAGCCAAUGGCAUACAUCGUUUCAUUUGGAAGGGGCUACGUCAUUGGUUUGCUUAUCAGUUGUAUUAGCUUCACGAAAAAAGUAUUAUCUAAUCUUGUCGAUACGACGUAGGUCUUAUACAUUUUUAAUUGUUAACAAUCAACCUGUGAACAUUGGAGUGCACAAAAAAAAGAAAAACAUAAUGGAGAAGAUGAAAUAUUAUAAGGAAGUGGGUGGAGUACACAUGUUCACUUUUUUAUCAGAAGAAUCUUUUUUGUCUGGAAUGAAUUAUAAAGCGAAACCUGGAGAUUUAUUUCUUGCUAGUUAUCCGAAAUGUGGAACAACUUGGAUGCAUCAGAUAGUCAAGUUGAUUUUUGCUAAAGGUCAAAUAUCAGAAGAUCCGUUGGAUUUAAUUUUUAGCUUUCCUUUUGUAGAAGUUUUGGGAGCAGAAUACUUAGAAACGGCCAAACCUAAAGGCAUGAGAACACAUUUACCUUUUUUUGCUGUGCCUUACUCGCCAGAUUCUAAAUAUAUUUAUGUUACCAGAAACCCUAGAGAUUGCUGUGUUUCAUAUUACCAUUUUAUGAAACUGCUGCCAUUUCCUGGCGAGUUAAAUUUUCAAGAAUUUCUUGAAGUCUUUCUCGAAGGUAAUUUAGGAUACGGAGAUUAUUUCGAUCACCUUCUUGAAUGGUACAAACAUAAAAAUGACGACAACGUUCAUUUUGUAACGUACGAAGAUCUCAAGAAAGAUAUUAAGGGAGAAAUUUUGAAAAUAGCCAAAUUCCUUGGUGAAGAAUAUGAAAAAUGUAUUUUGAAUGAUGCGACAAUAUUAGAAAAUAUUAUUCGUUACAGCAGCUUUGAUUAUAUGAAAGAAAGCAGUAAGAAGAACCUUGAUGUGUUUUUUAAAAAGGACAAAAAAUGGCUAGAAGAUAAAAAUUUACCUCCUGGAGCGAUGAAAUCUAUACAGAAUUUUAAUCAAAGUGGAAGGGAUACAGAAGGUGGGACGUAUGUUAGAAAAGGGAUUAUUGGAGAUUGGAAAAAUCAUUUUAAUGAAGAACAAAUACGAUUGUUAAAUGAAAAAAUUGUCGAACGAACAAAAGAUAGUGAUGUCAUGAACUUGUGGAAAGAUAUUUUUUAGAAUAAUUAAAUACAUUACCGGAAAGCUUGGGACCGGGACCGAAAGUAGUCCGGAUUUCUGAGACAAGCUAAAUAUAUAAUCAAAAUAUAAAAUGAACGAAAUUGUAAUCAACACACCAUAUGCCAGCAGUUACAUUGAAAUUGGUGACAUACGACUCGUACUUCAUAGAAACCAUAACAAAGCAGCUGCGCGUUGAACUACAGCUUUACUACAGCCUGUCAAAUUCAAAACUGCCAAUUUCAAAAAUAGACAGUUUUCUGAAAGCCGAAUACUGGUCCGGUACCGUAAGCUCGCUAAUCCAACCUCUUAAUUAUCUGAUAUGUCUUUUAAGCAACUGGGAUCAAAUCCGGACGAAUAAAAAAAAAACACCAAGAUAGUUUUGGGGGGUGGUCCAUUGGAUAUGUUAAACCUUCUGGCCGUUCCAUAAUGGACUUUCCGAAAAGGCCUUCUUAGUGCCCAUAGGUCGGAAAGAGUUUAAAAAACCCAAGGUCCCACAUAAGCUCUCGACGGCCCUUAUAUACCGUAUAUGAGAUUUUUAAAAAUAAGUUUAAUUUACAAUUGCUUAAGACUUAAAUUGUAGUUACAGGCAUAUUUCUAUGAAAUUAUUUUAUUCAAACAGAAAAUAUAUCCUUUUAUAACACUAAUAUUGUGUGUAAACACAAAAACGAUUAAAUUUAUUGUACUCUAACUCUUACGAAUUUUAAUAAAUAUUAUAAAAAAUUGAAAUUUUAUUUGAUUCAAUUAUAUAAGUCAACAUUGAUCUUUUGAACCUCAAACGUCACUCG